AUGGCCCAAAUCCGUGGCACUGCGGGCUACAACCUCGGCCACCAGAACCCGUUCGGCGGGCCCGGUAGCGCAGAUGCUACCAGCGAUCCCAGCCCGCUCGACGCCAUCCGCGAGCAGACUAGCAAGAUUGAGGAUUGGCUAGACACCAUGUCCGAUCCUGUGAAGCCAUACCUCCCUGCGAUCGGCCGAUUCCUCAUUGUAGUCACUUUCCUUGAAGACUCUCUACGCAUUCUCACACAAUGGAACGACCAGCUGGUGUACCUCAACGAUUUUCGUCACAUUCCGUGGGGAAUCACACACCUUUUCCUGAUUGUCAACGUCAUUGCCAUGUCCAUCUGUUCAACCCUCGUCAUCGCUCGCAAACAAACUGAAUUCGCCGUCGCUGGAUUGCUAGUGGUGGUCGUUACACAGGGUAUUGGAUACGGUCUCAUCUUCGAUUUGAACUUCUUUCUGCGUAAUCUCAGUGUCGUCGGUGGUCUUCUCAUGGUGCUGUCUGACUCGUGGGUGCGCAAGAAGUUUGUCCCUGCCGGCCUGCCCCAGCUCGACGAAAAGGACCGCAAGAUGUACGUCCAGCUUGCUGGCCGUGUGCUCUUGAUUUUCCUGUUCGUUGGAUUCGUUUUCUCCGGCCAGUGGAGCUUCUGGCGCAUUCUGGUUAGCCUGUUCGGUCUGGUGGCGUGCGUCAUGGUCAUUGUCGGCUUCAAGGCCAAGUGGAGCGCCAUCGUCCUUGUCGUGCUUCUCAGUGUGUUCAACGUGUUGGUGAACAACUUCUGGACUCUCCACCCCCACCACCCUCACAAGGACUUCGCCAAGUACGACUUCUUCCAGAUUCUUUCCAUCGUGGGUGGUCUUUUGCUGCUGGUCAACACCGGCCCUGGCCAAUUCAGCAUGGACGAGAAGAAGAAGGUCUACUAG